CAGCCACACGACUUAACUUUUUUUGUACACACACGACGUACACACAAAACACCAAGAGCUCAGUUCGGUACUUUUUAACGAGUGCUUGUCGCAAUAAACCGGAAACUCAACUCAAAACUCCACACAUUUUCGUCGGGAAUUCGUUCACACCACGGCCCGAGAAUCGCCUGGAAUUUACUUGCGGACACCGCCGCACUCAUGGUUGACCAAAGAGGCAGAUUGUCGUGAGAAGAGGAGGGUCAAGAUGGGACGAAAACUCGGACCGGAUUUUAAGAUGCCCCGUUUGGAUUUGAUACUGGUGGUGGUGCUUAUCAACACCGUGCUGCAGUGUACGACCGUUGUUCGAGCUUCGUGUGGGCCCGACACGUGUCUUAACGGUGGUGCCUGUGUCGCCAACCCUGGAAGUGUAUCCCAAUGCCAAUGUCCCGACACUCACUUCGGCGCUAGCUGCGAGUAUGACAACCCUUGCCGCCACAAUCGUUGCCUGAACGGAGGCACCUGCCAAAUAGUGGAGCCUACAGAUGGCGAUUCCCAGCCCACUUUCUCCUGCCUGUGCGACGUGGGCUGGACCAACUCCCUGUGUGAGCUGGAGUUGCCCAACGUCUGCAGGGACGAGCAGCCCUGCCAGAACGGCGGCCGCUGCAACCUGCGGGGCUCGGUGGACGACUACACCUGCGCAUGCAGUGAGGGCUUUACAGGAAGAAACUGUACCAUGACUGACCACUGCGUGGGGAACCCUUGCAAGAACGGGGCCACCUGCAACUCACACGCCACAGGCUACAACUGCAGCUGCACCAUCUACUACCGGGGCACGCACUGCGACAUCGACAUCAACGAGUGCACGGCCGAGGUGACGGCCUGCCACAACGGCGGCACCUGCGGGAAUCUAGUUGGCUCUUUCAUCUGUACCUGCUCGCAGGGCUACACGGGUCGGCGCUGCGAGUCCAUCUAUACCCCAUGCCGGCCCAACCCCUGCCGGAACGGGGGCGAGUGCAACCCAUUGGGCAUGUACUCCCAUGAGUGCAUCUGUCCUGCAGGUUACACUGGGACUCAGUGCGAAACCAACAUUGACGAUUGCAUCAUGCAUCAGUGCACGAAUGGCGGAUUAUGCAUCGAUGGUAUUGACUCCUACACCUGCAGUUGCGCCCCGGAAUACACAGGCGAGCUUUGCACAGACGACGUGGACGAGUGCACGCUGCAGCCAAACCUGUGCAGGAAUGGCGCCACCUGCCGCAACAACGCCCCAGGCUACCGGUGCACGUGCGUCUACGGCUUUGAGGGGGAUCACUGCGAGCACGAUGUGGACGCCUGUGAAACGAAUCUUUGCGAAAAUGGCGCCACAUGUGAGGAUGCCGUGGCCAGCUUCAGGUGCAUCUGUGCUGCUGGCUACACUGGAUUGUAUUGUCAUCUUGAGGAUGCCUGCAUCAGCAGCCCCUGUGCUGCCUCAUCCACCUGUGACACCAACCCUGGCACCGGUGACGCUGUCUGUCACUGUCCCGGCGGUCUUACAGGGAGCGACUGCUCAAUUGAUAUCGACGAGUGCGAGUAUGAUCCCUGCGAAAGUGGACAUGGCAGUGAGUGCGUCAAUACCGUGGGAGCUUUUUACUGCAACUGCGCACCCGGUUACAGCGGGUUGCGCUGUGAGGUGGACAUCGACGAGUGUGCAUCCACUCCUUGCGUCAAUGGGGGCACCUGCCUCAACCUGGCCGGGAUGUUCAAUUGCGUCUGUGUCAGAGGCUACACAGGUGUCUACUGCGAAACCGACAUCGAUGAGUGCGCGAGUAACCCUUGCCUAAACGACGGUUUCUGCCUGAACAAGGUGGGCCGGUAUCAGUGCAACUGUCUGGAAGGUUACACCGGGGCCCGCUGCGAGGCGAACAUCAAUGAGUGCCUCUCGGACCCCUGCCAGAACGGGGGAACGUGCCUAGACGGUGCCAAUCAGUACACAUGCAGCUGUCUACCAGGCUACACUGGCGUGGACUGCGAGACUGACUACGACGAUUGCCAGCACGACUCCUGCUUCAACGGCCGCUGCCAGGAUGCCCUCAACGGCUUCACCUGCAUCUGCAACUUGGGCUACGAGGGCCGGCUGUGCGAGAACCAGAUUGACGAGUGCCUGGACGAGCCCUGCCAGAACGGCGGGACCUGCAUCGGCCUGGUUGGGGCCUACCAGUGCGUCUGUGCCCCAGGGACCACUGGUGCCACUUGUUCCAUAAACACUUAUGAGUGCUCGUCCAACCCAUGUCAGAAUGGUGGAUUGUGUAACGAUUUAAUCAACGGAUAUGAAUGCGAGUGUCUGGCAGGUUAUGAGGGACUACUCUGUGAGGUCAACAUAGACGAGUGUGCCUCCAACCCUUGCGCCAACGGGGGCACCUGCCACGACGACAUCAACAAGUUCAUCUGCACCUGCCCCUCGGGCUACCACGACGCCCUCUGCUUUUCAAGCAUUAACGAGUGUGAGAGCUCGCCCUGCUUAAACGGCGGCACCUGCCAGGACGGCGUCAAUGAGUACGCCUGCGAGUGCGUGCGGGGCUACGGCGGGCCCCGCUGCAAUGCCGACAUCGACGAGUGCGCCUCCAACCCCUGUCAGCACGGCGGCCGCUGCGCCAGCGGCCUGGACUACUACGUCUGCGAGUGUCCCGAGGGCUACGCCGGCACCAACUGCGAGAGCAACGUCGACGACUGCGUGGGGUACCCUUGCCGCAACAACGGGACCUGCAUCGACGCGGUCAACUCGUUUGAGUGCGUCUGCAUCCCGCCGUAUACCGGGGAGGUUUGCGAGGACCUGCUGCAACCUUGCGAGAACCACCGAUGUGAGAACGGUGCUACAUGCGAACCGUUCCCCAGCUACAAUGGAUACUCCUGCAGAUGUCCAAAUGGCUACACAGGUGAAUUCUGCAACCGAGAUAUUGAUGAGUGCGGUGAGUACCCGCCCUGCCACAACGGUGCAAUCUGCAACAACACCUUUGGUUCCUAUGAGUGCAUCUGCCCCCCAGGAUUCGGCGGCCAGGACUGCAUAACCAACAUCGAUGAAUGCGAGUCUGACCCUUGCCAGAACGGCGCGGCCUGCUUUGACAAGACCAACGACUACACCUGCGCGUGCCUGCCGGGCUUUACGGGCAAGAACUGCGAGACGGACACAGACGAGUGCGAGUCCAACCCGUGCCGGAACGGCGCCACCUGCCACGACUACGUCUCCAGCUUCACCUGCGCCUGCACGCUGGGAUACAGCGGAGUCUACUGCCAGACCAACGACAUGGACUGCACUGAGAGCUCUUGUCUGUAUGGAGGUACAUGCAUCGAUGGAGUCAAUGAAUACACCUGUCACUGUACACCUGGCCACGUCGGCCCCAACUGCCAAUACCAGGUGGACGAGUGCAGCUCCAACCUCUGCCAGAACGGGGCCACCUGUGUAGACCAUACAGGCUACUACACCUGCAACUGUGUGCUGGGCUACCUCGGGGAGAAUUGCCAGGAUCUGGUUGACUGGUGCAGCGCUGAAAUCAACCCCUGCUCCAAUGGGGCCACCUGCACGCAGACCGACAACCGGUAUACGUGCACAUGUGAGGGCGCCUGGGCCGGUUCCCUGUGCGACGUCCACCAAGUGUCCUGCGACGUCGCCGCGUCAGAAAAAGGCGUGACAGUAGAGAACCUGUGCCUCAAUGGCGGCACCUGUCAGACCCACGGCAACAGCCACAUAUGCCAGUGCCAGCCCGGCUUCCGGGGAAGCUACUGCGAGACCAACAUACGGGAGUGUGCGUCGGCGCCCUGUCAGAAUGGGGGGACCUGCCGUGACGGAGUUAAUGAGUACAGCUGUUCCUGUGUGGCAGGCUUUGAGGGACUGAACUGCGAGAACAACGUGGACGAGUGCGCCAGCUCUCCGUGCAUGCACGGCGGCGUCUGCCACGACCUGGUCAAUUCCUACAGCUGCUCCUGCAAGUCUGGCACUGAAGGCAUAAACUGCCAGAUCAACAACAACGACUGCUUCUCGGGGGCGUGCUUCCACGACGGCACCUGCCGGGACCUGAUCGGCAGCUUCACCUGCGACUGCCCGGCAGGCUACGUCGGCCAGCGCUGCGAGGGCGACAUCAACGAGUGUCUGAGCAUGCCCUGCCACCCGGCGGGAACCUCCAGCUGCAUCCAGAAAGUCAACGACUUUGAGUGCGUCUGCAAUCUGGGCUACGAAGGGCGGCUGUGUGACACGCAGGUGCGCUACUGUGAUUCCAACCCUUGCCAGAAUGAAGGCACAUGCACCAUCACUAGGAGCGGAUUCCAUUGCCAGUGCACACAGGACUUUAAAGGGAACAUCUGCGGGGAACCGGUGACCAUGUGUGAUGCCAACCCUUGCCAGAACUCGGGCACCUGCCGUGUAGACCCAGACAACCAGGUGGGCUACAUCUGUGACUGCCCCGCCGACAUAUUCGGUGACAACUGCGAGACUCGUGACCCCUGUCGUGCCGGGCCCUGCGCCCACGGCGGGGACUGCCUCUUGCAGUGGGAGAGCUACGUCUGCCGGUGCCCGGCCACGUGGAGUGGACGACGCUGCCAGGUGUUUGACCCCGACUUCCCCGGCGGCAUCGGGUCGGAUCCCGUCCUGCCUACGACCCCGGCCUUGCUGGUGCCCACUACGGCCCAGAGACCGCUGAUCCCGACCACGGCAGUAGUGGUGACAAGGACCACUCGGAAGGAGACUCCUACACCUCCCAUGAACAAUGACUUCUGCUCAGCCUCCUGUGUGCAAAGGAAAGGCAACGGCGUCUGUGAUGCGGAUUGCAACAACCAUGUCUGUAACUGGGACGGCACUGACUGUACCUACGGCGUCAACCCUUGGAUCAACUGCACCGUCUCAACGGUCAAGUGCUGGGAGCUGUACAGCAACGGGGAGUGUGACGAGAUCUGCAACAACAGGGACUGUAUAUACGACGGCUUUGAUUGCGAGAGGAAACUGCCCGAUUGCAACCCUGUCUAUGAUGCCUACUGCCACGAGAACUACGCCAACGAUGCUUGCGACGGCGGCUGCAACACUGCCGAGUGUGUCCACGAUGGCCUGGACUGCGACGACCGGCCGCCCAUGUUCGCCAAGGGCAUCUUGAUCGUCAUCGUGCUGAUCCCCGUCGAGGAGAUGCGCGCCGGCAAUGUCAGCAAGACUUUCCUGCGGGAGAUUGGCCAUGUCUUGCGCACGGUGGUGGUCUUCCUGAAGGACGAUAACGGAGACAACCGUAUCGAGCCCUGGCAGUCCAGCCAGGGCGGGGAGGGCAUAGGCAUCUUCUUCCGCUUCAAGCGGGAAGCGUACCUGACGCUGACGGGAAACGGGGAAGCGGUCCUGAGCAGGCAUCGGAGGGCGGGAACGCUCAGUGGGUCCAAGACGUAUCUGCGCAUUGACAAUCGGGGCUGUGUGGAUGACAGCCAUACCUGCAUCCAGGAUGCAAGUGAAGCAGCCAAGAUGUUAGGUGCUGCUGCAUCCAAAGGAGAAAUUGACUUCCCGAUUUAUGGAGUUGGCAGCGAGGAAGAUCAGCCUGGCGCUGGCAACUGGCAACAGAUCAUACCGGCGGUGGUGGUCAUCGUGGUCUUUGUCCUCGUGGCCAUGCUGGUCAUCGUCCGCAAGCGGCUGCGCUCCGGCGGCACCUGGUUCCCCGAUGACUUCAAGUGGCGCAAGACCAGCACGGGCAGCCGGGGCUCGGCCCAGCGGCACGGACCCCAGGGCCGGGAGGAGACGCCAGGCGGCAUGGUGGACGGCCAGAUCAUGCUGACCAUCUCGGGGGCCACCACCACGGAGAGCAGCGAGGGGGACGCCCACGAGGCGCUGGACUGGGAGCGGUCCCAGGCCCGCUGCCAACCUCUCAAUGACCGACCCAGGAUCCAGGCAGUGAGACGACUCAGCCCGUCCUCCACCGCCACCACAACCCUACCGGACUACCCUGAGCUGCACAGCAGCUCCCACUUGAUGCUGACACCACCCCAGAACAGCAGGGAGACGGAGGUGGAUGACCCAGGUCAAGAUGGAAUGACGCCACUGAUGUUCGCCGUCAUCAGUUGCAACGACCGGGACAGCGACGGGGAGGAGUGCUCAGCCAACGCCAUCGAGGAGCUGAUUGCCCACGGCGCCAAAGUCAACGCCCAAAGCGACAGUCAAGGGGAGACUGCCCUGCACCUUGCAGCCCGCUGGGCCCAACCCUCGGCAGCUAAGAAGCUGCUUGAGCAUGGGGCUAAUGCCAACGCGGAGGACCAGUCAGGACGGACACCGCUACACACGGCCGUGGGCGCCGACGCUAUUGAUGUCUUUAGGAUCCUGAUCAUGCACCGCGCCACCAAUGUCGACGCCAAGGACAACCACGGCAUCACGCCCAUGAUGAUGGCCGCCAGGCUGCAGGUCAAAAUUGACAUGAUCGAGGAACUCAUCGAGGCCAAUGCGGAUGUCAAUGCUGCCGAUAACGAAGGCAAAUCAGCAUUACAUUGGGCAUCGCAGGUGAACUACGUUGACAUGGUCAAGUUACUGUUGGAGAGGAAGGCUAACAAAGACAUGCAAGACAAUAAGGAGCAAACACCUUUAUUCCUGGCCUGCAAGGAGGGUCACGUGGAGACUGUCCGAGUCCUCCUAGAUCACUACGCCAACCGUGAGAUCACAGACCAUCUUGACCAGUCACCUCGCGAUAAGGUGAAGGAGAAUCGGCACCGUGAUGUCCUGAAAUUACUGGAUACUUAUAAGGUGGUGCUGAGCCCGAGUGCCACGUCACCGACUGUGUCUAGCCCAGCUAGCCUGGCCAACGGGGAAAUGGGCAUGGUGAAUGGCUACGGUCACCCAGGCUCCAAGCCAAGCGCCAAGAAGAAGGCGUCGCGCUCUAAAUCAGCGGGCCAUCAGCAGCAUGCUGCUAACGGAGACAUCGCAUCGCAUGCCGGGGAGAAGGCCGACAAGAAGUCGUCGCGCUCACGCAAGAAGCGCAACUCAACAGAUGCGCCGACCACGGCCUCGCUUUCGCCGGCCGGCUCGCUGGAGUCCCCGCGUAGCUUUGAAAGGACUUCGCCGCCGUUUCCUGUUUACGCCAAUCAAGCGUCCGCGAUGGUGGACUACCAACGCAUGCCCAAUGGGAUGCACAACGGCAUCCACCAAGUGCCGCGGUACGUGGAAGGGGCUGCGGCUAUGAACGGCAAUGCGCAUCUCAGCCACAGCUUGCAGAGCAUCAACCUCAAGACUGUCGUUCCAAACGGGGAGAUUGGCUCCGACAUUGGGGCCAGCGCCAUUGCUGUGUCAUGCCCGCCUGAGCACCAGUGGGGUAAUACAGCUAGCCAUCCACACUCGCAGCAAAAUCAUAGACUCAGAGAGCAACAGCAGGGUAUGGUCUCACAACAGCAACAGCAGCAGCAAGGGGCAUGUGCAUCGCCGCCUAGUCUACCUCCUCUCUUGCAGCACUCCAUGGCUCACGACAUGGCGGCCGCCGCUGUGUCUGUUUCCAGUUCUCCGACAGCUCAGUACACGUUAUCCCCGACCAAGGGAUAUUCCAACCAGCAUCCGCAUGUCGCACACCUGCGGCAUCAUAACCAUCACAUGCCCAGGCAUCCCUCGCAGUACAGCAACGGCGACGUGCACAUGAACAGGCACCCCAAGUCACCCGUUCACAGGUCACACGAACGUUCACAGCCCCUGUGUAAACAGCCGCAGCCGCACCAUAACCACAUCAUCCAGACACAGCUGCCUAACCCGUCUGUGGUCAGCAUCAUGUCGGACAAAUACCCAACCCCGCCCUCCCAACACAGUCAGGGCGGGUCGCCUUGUGCGGACAACAGCCCUCACCUGGGGGUGUUCCCGGAACAGUACCUGACGCCGUCGCCAGAAUCACCCGGUCAGUGGUCCAGCUCCUCCCCUCACUCCUCGGCCCACUCGGACUGGUCGGGGUCAGAGGGCAUCUCCAGCCCCCCUGGCCCUACAAUGAAUGGCCAUAUCCCGGACUCGAUACCAAUACAGUAUAGCCGCUCGGCACAGGUCUUCAUCUGAUCCAGUGUGGAUAAUGCUGUAUAUUUAUAUAUAUUGUACAUUGUGGGGACGCUGCAUAUUGUAUUCCACAGACAAGGAAAUGGACAGUGGGCUGUCGAAAUAUAUACAUGUCGCAGUUCUGCGUCUUCUUCCUCGUGUUUUGAACCCAGCCUCAAAUGGUGAGUUUGGCUAGGUUUCUAUGUGAACCAAUCGUGAACAAGAAGAUGUAGUAUGUACUUUUACAAAAUGUGUUAAUUCUUUAAUGAAAAACCAAAAGAUAAAAUGCCAUCCCAAUGAUUUUAACUAUAUAACCCUUUUUUUAUACCACUGUGCUGGUCCACGAAGUGUUUGUUUUCGAUCAUUUUUUUUUGUGUGAUCAAAAAUUCCAACAUUUGAGUACUAUUUUAAAGUGUGAAUAAAGAGUUCUUACCUGUUCCAGUUAGCGACAUAAUCAUGAGUAUGCCAAAAAACCCUUCAUCUUUCCGUUUUAAAUACCUUGAAUGAAAAGGAGAUAAUGAGAUAAUGAUUUUAACUAAUCAAAGCAUUCCUUUAAAAGUUCUUUGCUGAAAACAUUCAGUUCCUGAGAAGGUACAUGUAGCUAUCCGUGUAUUUCAAACCAACGACCAGUAGAUGUUGAAACAGUUUUCCAAUUCGGACCAAACGCUCCCCAGAAGUUAAAAAACACAACAAAUGAACCAUUCACUAGCAAAGAUUCGAUGAACAACAAAAAUGUAAACAGCAGAAGACAAUUUUAAGUAGGAUUAUUUUUGAUAUUUGGGAUUAGUGGUUUUAAUAUAAGUAGAAUCUUAAUAUAAAUGGAAAUCUAAGCGCCUUUUUUUAUAUAUAUAUAUUUUGUGUAAGAUAUUGUAUUAAAAAAACAAACAACGCAUGCUGAGAACUCGUGGUUUGGUGGCCAGAGAUGAACACUACUUUUCUCUGUAAAUAGAUUUCAAACCAGCAGGCAGUAAUUGUAUUCAUAUGCUUUAAGUUAUAUUUUAAGGAAGUGUAGAUUGUUAUUGUACAACUGUUGUAAAGUGUCGUUUUCCAUCAAGCGAAAGGGGGAUUUUGAAACAGGACGAAACGUACCUUGAACAGUACACCUUGAGAAUUUCCAAUAGAAAUUGUGAUCAUUGAGGCCCAUAAGCAAAAAUAACCAGAUAAUCGUAGCCUCUGUUUGCGUCUGGAGAUAACAUAGUACAAUGGCGUUUUUGUAUUGGAAGGGCAUUUAGCUUUCCCAAUGCAUUUGAAAUACUGAAAAUAAAAAAAAGGGAAGUCACAAAUGCGUCCAGUAUUGAAAAAGCAAAUGCUUGUGUUGUUAUAAUGCUGGAGGAAUUUUUCCAAUGUUCUCCAUUGUUGCUUCUGUUGCACGGUUGAUUUUUGCCACAACUUUCUUAGUUUUUUUUCCCCCUGAACUUAAUGUGCGGAAAAUCCAUUUGAUUUUGAAGCAAGCAGAUAAUUUUUUGUCUCUGUGGAAACGAGAGUGACCGACAGUGCCGCAAAUUUUUUUUUUCAAACAUGUAAAACUUUGGGAAUGCACCUUUUAGAAAAAUGUUGCCAUGUAAAGUUUGAAUUUCUUAGAACAUGUAAAAAGUCUUGUACAAAACAAAAGACCCUGAUUAAUUGAAAAAAAAAAUAUAUAAGAUAAUGAACUUAAAAGAGUCCAAUGAUUGCUCACAAUUUUAAAGCUUUUGUUUACUGUUCCUAUGAAGUGCUUACUAUGGUUUGUUCUGUUGCAUGAUUUGGGAUCAAGUUCAAAGAGUUGCAUAGUUGGUAAUCGUAUAAUCAAACACCAAACUGAAAAAAAAUAUCAGCUGCUAAAAGAAGGCAGCGUGAAAGCUGGUAGCCAAGACAUUAGUUGGUAACCAAGACCAUUGCUAGUACCUGAGACAUCAUCUAUGAACCAAUCACAAAAAGCCGGUAACCAAAACAAACUGGUAUCCGGGACAUUAUGCAGCUCUAUGAACUUUUUCUCCCACUUUUGGCACUGCCAGCUGUAGGGUUAUAGAGAUUAUUUUGUUUUUGUAAAAGAAAAAAAUCAUGAAUAUAUAUUGACCAGUGUAGAAUCGACACAAUCUCUAAGUGUUAUUAUUAUUUUUCUGGUAUGAGAAUUAUACAUGUAUAAUUGCACUUAAUUGUUUGGGUACUUUUUGUAUGGUCAGCUAUCUUUAGUACUUUAGCAAUAUACAAAGCACUGCCUUCUUUGUUUAAAUAAUAUUGUAGAGUUGAAUUAUUCUAAAUUGAUUAUCUUUGUUUUGAGUUCACAGCAGACUCAUCCAAUUGUGUACUUAAUUGUUUCGUUUGUUAAAGUGUAACGACCUGUUAACGGUUUUGUAUAUUUUUUUUUGCAACUCAUUUGCACAAAGAGUGUAAAGUUCAAAUGGUUAAAGGCAUGGUGGAAUUCCUGCUUUGGCCCAAAUAUGAGCUGUACAGUAAUCAUUGUUCUUAACGUUUGCAUUGUUAAAUAUUACAUUUGCAUAUCCUAUAACAGUGUCCCAUUUGUUAAUGUGGCUAAGGUUUGGUCCAAACAAACUGAAACUAUCUUGCUUUCCGGGUUCAUAGUUAUGUACUUAACUUCAGUAUUUGAAACAUCGUUAGUCCCCAUUUUAGGGGGUUUAUUUGUUUUGCUUAUAGUAACAUAUUUAAUUUGUCAUGUUUCACACAUUUCUUUAAAAAUUCGAUGUUUGCUAAAAAAAAAUAAUUGACAUGUGCCUUAAUGCUAGGCAGACGUAUAUAUGUUAGUGCCUGUCUACUAUAAACAUUUUUGGCAGGGCUGUGUGUAUGAAUGAAGAGCAAUGUUCUUGACCAUAUUUGAUUGCUCGUGUCAUUUAGGAAAUACGAAGUCUAAAUUUUCUUCUUUUUAUCGAGCCAUUUAGAAAUUCUUUCGAAGCAAAUAAGCUGAUCCAGAAUUUUUUUAUUAUGAAUGAAGUUUCCAGUUGGGUACUAGUUAAAGCGAAAUUGUGUGUAACUUAUGACAGACAAAAGGGAGCGAAAAAAAGAGAAAAAUUCAGCUAAAAUUAUAAUCAGCUAACGUGAAAGAAUUUCUAAGUCUGAAAUGGCUGUCUUAUGUGUACACAGCAUAAAUGCCGAACUGUGAAAUAUCCCUACUUAGUGAGCAUAGGUACUUACAUAUUGUUUACAUAAUUUGCACAAGUUUCCAAGUGUAAAAAAAACAAAUUUUCUUCUGGCUGUCUUACUUAAUUUUUUCUAAAUGUAAGCAUCUGCCUAAGACCAUUGUAAUGUAUUGACUGUUUUAUAUUUCAAACAUUAUGGUACUUACAAAAAAAAACUCAUUGUAUUUUGCACGUUCCUGUGUCUUUUGAUUUGGAGAACCUUGUAUAUCUGUUUGGCUUGAGUUUAUAGAUCAAAAUAAACUGUGCAAGAGGCACACGAGAAUAUUAAGAAAAAAA